AUGGAGCCUUCGAGCGAAGCCGACGCGCCAGUCCUGCCUUCCCGACUCGGCACAGUUUCUUUUAAUCUUCCACCAUUCAGGCCUGCUGACCCAACACUAUGGUUCGUACACUUAGAAUUCCAGUUUGCCACCCGUGGAAUCGUCAACCAUUUGACCAAGUUCCACUACAUGGUGGCUGCGUGUUCUCCAGUCGAGGCUGCCGAGGUCCGCGACAUCAUCAUGGCGCCACCCGCUACAGGGGCUUAUGACAAGAUUAAAGAAGAGCUUGUUCGGCGUACAUCAUCGGAGCAGAGGCGCCUUCAGCAGCUCAUCACCGCUGAGGAACUCGUCGAUCGCAAACCGUUCCAGCUCCUACGCAGGAUGCAACAACUUCUGGACGAUCGCGCAACAUCCACCAAUACUUCCAUCUUGCGCGAGCUCUUCCUGCAGCGCCUUCCAUCGAACGUUCGGAUUAUCUUGAUCAGCUCCGAAGACAUCCCUAUUGAAGGCUUGGCGCAGCUUGCUGGCAAGAUUAUGGACAACAUGAGCCCCAUGCCGCCUUCAGCUUUGUCAUCCGUGUCCACUGAACAAUCCAAGCUGGCCAGACCCAGAGCGGACUUAGAGAAGCUGACGGACCUCGUCACGUCUAGCCUGAGGCUUCCUCGUUCCCAUAGUCCCAGCCCACUCACGUCCUCACAGACCGCACUCGCCAUUCCGUCGCCGCCACGGCUGUUCAAGGUCGUCCAACCCACGCACGCUUUGCUCCUAUCACGAGAAAUUCGGAGACCGCGCUCGUAA